UGAUAUCAUGCUGCUGUGAUGGUUGGAUAUUUGGUAUAUUUCAGUGUCCUGAACCUUGAUAUCUCUCUUCUCCGCCAAAUCUCGUAAUCUGUACAUCCCAGCCAGAACGACAUCUCUCAAAAUGGUCACCGCCAAAGUCCUUAUACCUAUGUCUGAUUAUGGACACGACCCAACAGAGACCGCAAUCCCAUACACAGCUUUCAAAGAAGCCGGCUUCGAAGUCUCCUUCGCAACCGAAAAUGGCAAGACGCCCGAAUGCGACACAAAAAUGCUCAAGGGAAUAACCCAAAAGCUCCUCGGCGCAACCCAACCCGCCAUCCACGCAUACAACCAAAUGACCACCACCCCCUCAUUCCUCCACCCCCUCACCUGGUCCUCCCCAACCUUCACACUCGACCCCUACAACCUCAUCUUCCUCCCCGGCGGCCACGACAAGAGCGUCAGCCAGCUCAUCGACUCUCCUAUCAUGCACAAACUCCUAGCGGCGUACUUCCCCGCCACGGUAAAGCCAAGCAAGAAGUCUGUUGCCGCGGUGUGUCAUGGUGUCAUGGUGUUGUCGGAGACGAAACUUGUAGAUGAUGAUGGUGGGAGGAGGAGUGUGAUACAUGAGUGUAUGACUACGGCUUUGCCUGCUAGGUUCGAACAGGCUGCGUUUUGGGGGACGAGGCUGUUUUUGGGGGAUCAUCAUAAGACUUAUGGGGCGGGGAGUGAUGAUGUUGAGAUGUCGGUAUGUGGGAUAAUUCGGAGCGGGGGGGUUGGUGUUUUGAUGGCAUGGAUUUAAUAUGUGGUUAGGUCCGGAAAUGCCUAGAUGAUCCGGAUAAGCAGUAUAAGAAUAGCUUGAGAAUGAGCCCGUUUGUGGUUGAGGACCAGAAGUACAAUUACAUCAGCGCCAGAUUUCCGCCUGAGGCGCAAUUGCUUGCUGAGAAGACAGUUGCUUUAGUUCGGAGCACAUUGUCGUGACUCGUGAGCCAUAGCAUGAGCAGUCAUCCCAGUCGGACUUGUUACCAUCAGGAGGAAUCAGCUAGCUAUGGGACGUCGUCGAAAGUCUUUCACGUCCUGACAAGGUGUGAAGUAGAUAUUCGCAGUCAUUUCGUCAUUGGACAACAAAUCAUUGUCCUCCGAGAAGUAAAGAACUGCUCUCCAAGCAUGGUAAAGCCGCUGAUGCAAGAAAUGAAAUCAUGAGCUCUUCGUAACUGUCAUCCAGCUGUGGAGUCAAUUUGUUCUUUAGUGCAUAUUAAGUCGUGGAUUACUCAACGAUUCAACAUGCUCAUGUCAAAGAAUCGGGCGACCUACACGGCUUCCGUGCCUUCAAUACUAGAUCUCAGAGUCACUCAACCGGUUCUGUUGAAUCUGACAUGUCUUUGGCUGCGAAGAGUUGAAGAGGGACCAUGCAGCGACGUUCUUUCCAUCUGGGAGGGGUGAAAGUCGGCGCAACUGUUUCAUCAUCUGCUAGCUGCCUUCAAAGCCGUGCAAGGUCAAUGAAGCAUUCAACGGCCAAUCUGGAAAAGGUAAUAUACACAAGAUAGCACACGAAUUUUCGAAAACGUAGAUUACAUCAAAGAAGACCAGUCAGCC